AGGGAGGUGCAGGAGGAAAAGGAGUGGCUUUCUGUAGAUAGCUGUCCUUUCUGCCAGAGCUCGCCCUCUCAGUGGCGGCUUAGGAGUGACAAUAGAGGAGCAGACCGGGUGUGCCGACACACAGAGAGGGAAAGACAGAAUACAGAGCUGACGCCCACAUUUUUCACUCAGCAUCAUGGCGUCGGCUGCGCCGCAGAAGAGGAUGGUAUCCUCCGUCUUCAUCACGCUGACGACCCCUUACAGAGCCACCGUCACUCAGCACCAACACGCGCGCACACACAGCGCCACCGCCAAUGACAUGCCACAUGCAGCCACGCGGGUUAGCCCAGAGGACAGCAGCACCCGUAAGCCCAGUGUCGGUGACACGCAGCAUGGUUCCAUACGUAGGCAAGAGAGGACUCCGUCUGAGUCCAAGGGCAGUGCACAGAACGGGGACCAGAGUUCCACACCUUCCCUGGCCAGACCCUCAAAACCCAGACCUCCACCCAGCCCAGUGACCCCUAACCUCACCCUGGGUCCGGAAGACACGCAGCAGCAGACAGAUACCGCAGCAUACAAGGGUCCUGAGGAGCUCCCUCCUCCACCUCCCCUUCCUCCUGUGUCUGUGGAUGCUCAACUGACGGAGGAUCUUGCACCUCUCCUGCCUCCUCCACCCGUACAGGAGACCCCAACUGCUCCCAUCCUCCGACCUGUGUAUCCAGACAGACCAACAGUGUCUGAACAACCGAGCUUUGCAGUGAAUAGACAGCCAAAGCAAAGAACACCAUCUAGUGGGGGGGAACAGAAGGAACCAUCCCAGGAGCAGCUACAGAUGAUAGAGAGCAAGGAGGUGUGUGGCUUCUGCCGUAAGCCUGUGGCUCUGAGUGAAACUGCCAUAGAGGCUCUGAACAGGACAUACCACGCCAGUUGCUUCCAGUGCAGACAGUGCCAUAUCCCUCUGGCCGGUAAACUGUACUACAAUAAGGCAGGAAUACCACUCUGUGAGGACUGUUACCAGGCCAGUUUGGAACUUUGCUGGGCAUGUGGGGAAGUUAUCAAAGACCAUGUUAUCCGUGCACUGGAAAGAGCUUACCACCCACCUUGCUUUAUCUGUGCAACGUGCAGCCAACCAAUUGGAGAGCAGAGAUUCGCUCAGGGAGAGGUUGGGGAAGUGUAUUGCCUCCAGGAUUACUACAGGAAAUACGCUCCCCAGUGUAGUGCCUGCCAGCAGCUGAUCAUUCCAAGAGAGGAUGGCACGGACAGCUACACCGUGGAGUGCCUGGGACGCUCCUUCCACGAGGACUGCUAUCGCUGUGAGGUCUGCAGUACCCAGCUCUCCCCAGAGCCAAACGACCAUGGCUGCCAUCCACUGGAUGAGAGGGUGCUGUGUAAGUCUUGUCACCUGACCAUGGUUCAGUCUGCCCAGCUCUAAUACUGAACUCAGAAUCAGGGCCCGUAUUCAGGGUUGGGGAGUAACUGAUUACAUGUAGUCAAAUACAUGUAUCUGAUUACAAAAAAACUUAACCUUUAACAAGUUACGUUACCAACAAUGUAAUCCCAUUACAUGUAAUGUAAUCACAUUACAGAUGCUUUUGAAAAUGUACUUCUUGGAUUACUUUUUUUACUUUUACAUUUAGGAAGAAUGUUUGCGAAAUGAUGACACCUUUUUGUUUUCUCAAUGACAUUUAAUUCAACAUUGGAAAAAGGUGUACAUUUAAGUGUGCUCCGCCUGAGCGAGUCUGAACACAAGUCAGAGACCACUAUGAUGACACACCAAAUGUUUGAUGGAUCCUUUUUGUCUUCUUUAAUGCCUCGUAAGGGGAAAGUAAUCCAAAAGUAAUAUGAUUACAUUACUGAGUUUGGGUAAUCCAAAAGUUAUGUUGCUGAUUGCAAUUUUGGACAGGUAACUAACUAGUAACUGUAACCAAACGAAUUACAUUUAGAAAGUACCAAACCCUGCCCGUAUUCAUAAAGCGUCUCAGAAAAGCAGCGACGAUCUAGGAUCAGUUUUGCCUUUUCGAUCGUAAUGAAUAAGAUUGAAUGGAAAGGGCAGACCUGAUCCUAGAUCAGCAUUCCUACUCUGAGACCCUUUAUGAAUACGGGCCCAGGAACCAGGAUGGGACGCUCCAACUGUGCAAUGGAGCAUAUGGAGAGGCAGGCUGAAAGUCAACAGAGUAGGUCCUGAUUGGAUUGUAAAGGAGAAAUAUCGAUGAAACUGGGAGAGAAGACGAACCUUCCUAGUUCUGCAUCAUGGGAAUAAGUCGUUGGACUUCGAAUGUAACAAACUUUCUUCAUCACACAGCAUUUAGAAAUGAUUUGCAAUUAUUGUUUACGUAGCAAGACAUGUUUAUCAAUUGCCUCCUAUACUUCUUUCAAAAUUGAUACCUUUGCACUCUUUUUUUUAACCCACACUAGUAAAUGCACCAAAGAUAUUUAUUCAACAUACAUUUUCAAGUAUUUUGUCGUAUGCGUUCUUUGAAUAUUAUGUAGUGCUCAGUGCUGUAUGUUCAUUCUCAAUAUAUCCUUUCAUAUGAGAAAAUAAACUAAUAUAUUAUAUAGUA